GUCCUCAUAUCCCUGAUCUAGCAAGCAAACAGAUCAUCUAUACUAACCAGCCAACGUCGAAACGAUGUCGUACUUCGCCAAAGGUCACCACGACGCCGGUGACGACGUCACCGACUUCGACGAGUUCGAUCCAACCCCUUACGGCGGCGGAUACGACAUUUCCAUAACUUACGGCCGCCCUCUUGAGCCGACGGAGGACAUCUGUUACCCCAACACCUCAUCGACCUCCGAUGACUUCGACUACGAUCGCCCACAGUACACCUCCUCCGCCGAGCCAUCUGCCUACGGCGACGAUGCUCAGGAUAACGAGUACAAGAGCUACGCCCGACCCACCCACCGACCCGGUCCAGCCUACGGCGGGCCACCGAAGGAAGGGUUCGGUGGUGGCGGUGGGUACGAGAAGCCUCAGCCCGCAUAUGGGUUUCAGCCAGGGAUGAACCGGCCUGGUGGGGAAGGUGAGUUUGGUGGUCCCGGUGGGGGUGGUGAGUUUGGUGGUCCCGGGUUCGGAUCUGGAACACCAGAUUCGGAAUUUGGGGGUGGGUAUGGCCGGAGGCCGGAACCGGAGGGACCGGGAUACGGUUCUGGGCAUGUCCGGAGGCCUGAGUUUGAGCAACCCAGUUCGGAGUAUGGAUCUGGGUAUGGUCGGAAGAGCGAGUAUGAACAGCCCAGGCCGGAGUUUGGAUCUGGGCAUAGGCGGAGGCCGGAGUCGGACGUACCCACCUCGGAAUAUGGCUCUGGGUAUGGACGGAAGAGUGAGUUUGACGAACCCAGUUCGGAAUAUGGAUCUGGGCAUGGUCGGAAAGGUGGGUAUGAGAAGCCCAGUUCGGAGUACGGGUCUGGAUAUGGACGGAAGACUGAGUUUGAGGAGCCCAGCUCUGAAUAUGGAUCUGGAUAUGGACGGAAGACUGAGUUUGAGGAGCCCAGCUCUGAAUAUGGACGGAAGACUGAGUUUGAGGAACCCAGCUCGGAGUAUGGAUCUGGAUAUGGACGGAAGACUGAGUUUGAGGAACCCAGCUCGGUGUAUGGAUCUGGAUAUGAACGGAAGAGUGAGUAUGAGAAGCCCAGUUCGGAAUACGGAUCUGGGCAUGGUCGGCAGAGUGAAUUUGAGACCGGUUCUGGAUACGGAUCUGGUCAUGGGAGGAGGCCUGAGGAGGUGCCCAGCUCGGAGUAUGGAACCGGGUAUGAUCGGAAACCGAGCUACGGGGAGGAGCAGCAGGUUGGUGGGUACGGGUAUGGUGGCAAACCCGAGAGGACCGAGUAUGAGGCACCCUCUUAUGGGAGGGAAGAGAGGCCAAGUUAUGGGCGGUCUGAGGAGGAAGGGUACCGCAAGCCUGAGGAAGAGAGGCCAAGUUAUGGGCGGUCUGAGGAGGAAGGGUACCGCAAGCCUAGUUACGAGAGUCGUGGCAGCGGCGAUGAGGAAGGGAGCUAUGGCCGCAAGAAAUAUGGAGAUAACGAUUCUGAUGACGAUGAGAAGAAGAAGCACCGCCAUAAGCACCAUCACCACCACCGUGAAACCUAUGAUGAUUAAGUGGAUUGCUGGAUGCUUUCUGAAUGGAUUCGUGCCAUAUUAAGCUACUAAAUAAAGGCAUGUUUUCUCCUUUGGCUUGGAUUUUUAUGGUGUGCGCUAAAAACACAUAAAACCAUAGCAUGUGUGGUAUGUGUUGAAACUUUAUUGGAUUGUUAUAAUAAUAUUCUAAAAUAUCUGGCUUUUUGUGUCUUUAA